AGCUUUUGUCUUUCGCGUCCGAAAUACCUGCGCCUGUUUUCUGUAGUUUAAGAUCCGAUGGCGUCAUCAGAACCGUGUGGUCGCACCCCUGUGAAGAAGAAAAGUGGGCGCAGGUACUGCUCUGUCAAAGACUGCCACAGUCGCGAAGGGACGCCAGGCGUGAGGCUGUACAGUUUUCCGUCAAAGCCUUGGGAGAAGUCACGAAGGCAAAAAUGGAUUAUCGCCGUGCGACGAGUCAAUUUUGAGGACUCCUCUAGCUGGCAGCCUAAUCGAGAUUCGAGGGUGUGUUCCAAACAUUUUGUGAAUGGCGAGAAAAGCACAAUUGAAAGCCACCCAGGUUAUGUACCAACAAUAUUCCCGACCGUGUACAAGAAGAGGUCCACUUCAUCUACUGCUCAGCUGGCUAGAUUUAAUAGGUGGAAGCAGCGGUACUCUGGGUCAUCUGCAUCACUGGCUACUCCUGCAUCAGCUGAUUCCCCUGGACCAGCUUCUCCCUACACAGCUGAGACAGGAGCCAUUGGUACCAGCAGCCUUGCCACAGUUGAUCUAGCAACUAGUACAGACCUGUUGUACGAGCGGAGCUCGACAGAGGGCUUAGAUCUACUGUCCACUGUCGCUGCUGAGCUUUGCACUGCAGUAAAAUCCGUGGAAACACAAACUGAAGAAAGAAGCGUGUCAAGCAAGAAUUUCUCGGUGUUCAUGUGCUUCAUUAGUGAGUCAGGGACAUCAACUCAAGUGACGCAUCUUGAGACAUGCGACAACAGUGUGCAACACAAGCCAGAGGUCAGUAGCAGGCAUAGUGGCUCUGACCACAGAACCAGCUACUUCUCCGGCUACGACAGCAUCGCUAAAUCUGCAAAUGCAUUGCAAGACCUGUGCAGUGUCAGCAAAGAAGUGUUUGCAAUGCUUCUGAGCAUGCUUCCACCUUCAGAGCGAAAAUGUGAUGUCACUGCUGAGAAUAGGCUUCUUUUGUUUCUUUUGAAGUUAAAGCUUGGAAUCAGCUACUCAUCACUGGCUAUUCUCUUCUCGGUAAGCGAAACGUCGGCAUCAAGGCAUUUCAAGAGUGUUCUCAAAACGCUCGCUGUGGCAACUAAACAAUGGAUUUUUCGCCCCCCAUCAAGAGUGAUUCAGGCCACAAUGCCAGACAGCUUUAAGGUGCAUUAUCCUAGCUGCACUAUGAUUAUUGACUGCACAGAAAUACGUACAGAGCAGCCACCAACUGUGCAACAAGAACGAGUCUUGUACUCAAAUUACAAAGGUGCAUAUACACUGAAGUUUUUAGUGGCUGUAACACCAGGAGGAAUGAUUUGUUUUUGUUCAAAGGCCUAUGGUGGUAGACUGUCUGAUGCCCACAUUACAGUUGAUUCUGGUUUCCUCGAUCUUGUUCAACCUGGGGAUACAGUUCUUGCCGAUAAGGGAUUUCCAGGCAUCCAGACAGUUUUAGGAAACCAGAAUGCUGUUCUUGUUAUGCCUCCAUUUCUCCAUGCCUCUCAGUUUACGCCAGAGGAGCUCAGGGACACUUACAAUAUCGCUCAAGUGCGGAUACAUGUCGAACGAAUGAUUCAGAGGAUUAAAAUAUAUAAUGUCUUGAACAACAAAGUACCAACUGAGCUUAUUCCAUGCAUGACGGAUGUUUUUCAUGUCUGCUGUGUGCUAGCAAACCUCCAGCUCCCAAUAAUUAAGCGCAAAGAACAACAACAGUCAUUUGUCGUGUCUGCAUCAUGAACAAUCAACUUUGCCUCACUCUGGAUUACACAAAAUGAAAUGAACAGUUGAUGGGGGAGCAUCAGUGCGCUAGCCACCAUUUCGAUAAUAGGACUUGUCUUCGUCUAGGCUGGCCGGGGGUUUCGACAAGUGCUCUUGGCGAAACAUUAGCUAGUGGACUGAGGCCUUCAUAGCUUUCUUAUUUUGCUGUGUUGCCAAGGGUCUCAU